UCAGUACUUAGUCUUUUGCGGUCGCUCUUGUUGUGAAAGUCUCUCUUGGAUUUUCAAAAUAAAAGGUUCUAAAAAAUGAUUUUGUUUAUUUCUAUCGCGUCUUUAUUGGCAGUAAAUGUCAUCGGCGAUAAUUGUGUCACUCAUCAUUAUCGGACAUUAGACGGCUCGUGUAAUAAUUUAGUCAAUCGAGAUUGGGGUGCAGCAGGUACCAAAUAUGGACGUUUAUUGCCACCAAAUUAUUCGGAUGGAAUUCAUGCACCACCAAAGUCAGUGACUGGACAGGAAUUGCCAAGUGCUCGUGUUGUCUCGACGACAGUUUUUGGUAGAAAGGAUGUGCCGGAUCCAAAUCAUACAAUUGUUAUGAUGCAAUUUGGACAGUUUGUUGCACAUGACAUGGCAUUUACUGGUGGAUCUCUCAACCCGCCAUGUUGUGAUGAUGGAAAGGUCUCAUCACAUGAGUCACACUGCUUCAACAUUCCAAUUCCAGUCGACGAUCCAAUCCAUUCAUCCGAUGGAGUAGAAUGUAUGAAAUUUCAACGUACUUUAACUGAUAAGGACAAUGAGCUUAACGAAAAUGAAUCAAAUCAACCUGCUGAGCAGAUAACAGUCGUGACUGGCUUUCUUGACCUUUCACUCAUUUAUGGUAACUCAGAGAAAGAACUAGAUUCUAUUCGCGAAUAUAAUGGAGGUAGAUUAAUAAUGGAAAAGCGCAAUGGCAAGGAAUGGCCUCCUCACCAUCCAAAUGGUGAUAAUGUUUGUUAUGUUGAGACACCCGGUGAAACUUGCUACUUUGGAGGUGACCCAAGAUUAAAUCAAAGUCCUGACUUGACUAUUUUACACAUUUUCUACAUCCGUGAACAUAAUCGUUUGGCUGACAUUCUUAGUCAAUUAAAUCCAAAUUGGACUGACGAGAAAGUUUUUCAGGAAGCUCGUCGCAUCAACAUCGCUCAAUACCAAUAUGUUGUGUAUUAUGAAUGGUUGCCUUUGUUCCUUGGUGAAGAAAAUAUGUACAAAGCUAAGAUGCUCUAUUAUAAGGAUGGAAGUGAAUAUGUUAAUGAUUAUGAUGCUUCUGUUGAUCCAGCUGUCUACAAUGAUCAUUCAUCAACUGCCUUCCGUUACUAUCACUCAUCGAUUGAAGGGCAUUUGAAAUUAAUGUCAGAAUCCCGCGAAACCACAGAAACUCUCAGAAUCAGCAACGUCUUCCUUCGUCCAAGAAUUUUGGAAAAAGAUGACAACUACGACUCAUUUGGACGUGGUAUGGCUACACAAUCAUUCCAAAAGGCUGACAAGAACUUCGAUAUUGAAGUUAAGGAGUUCCUUCUCAGACAUUUGAAGAAAUAUGGUGAUGACAUUAGAGCUAUUGAUGUUCAAAGAGGCAGAGAUCAUGGUAUUGCAACUUAUAAUGAGUUCAGAGAACUUUGUGGACUUCCAAAAGCUACUAAGUGGGAGGAUUACUUGGAUUUGAUAUCUGAGGAGGAUCUCGGCAACUUAAAAUCAGUUUACCCAAGCUACGAAGAUGUUGAACUCAGUGUCGGUGGAAUCCUCGAAAGUCGUCUUGAUAAAACUGUUUUGGCUGGUCCAACUUAUCAGUGCAUCUACAUGAAACAAUUCUACAAAACUCGUGUUGCUGAUCGUUACUGGUUCGAAACUGGUGAUGAAGAAGUUGCACUUAAGCCUGAUCAAUUGGCGGAAAUUAGAAAGUUAAGCAUGGCACGCAUGUUCUGUGACAAUGGAAAUAACAUUUCAAGCAUGCAACCUAAUGCAUUUAUAACUUUGAAUGAUGAAAACAAGGUCGUUCCAUGCAGUGAAAUUCCAGCUGUCGAUUACACUUUGUGGCAAGAGGAAAAAGUAAAGUGACUGAUGAAGUUUAGAAAUUUUUUGAUGUCAUUUUUCCGAAAUAAAAUUAUAAAUAAAUUGACAAUUUUUUAAAAAAUUGUUGUAAGAUUGAA